CAUUCACCAGCUGAGGAGCAAGGUGUCGGAGGAACAUGAGGUCAUCAAGAAGAAGGAGCUGGAGACUGGCCCCAAGGCCUCCUAUGGCUAUGGAGGCAAAUUUGGAACAGAGCGGGACCGGAUGGAUAAGUGCGCAGUGGGCCAUGAGUACGUUGCUGAUGUUGGGAAGCACUCCUCGCAGACCGAUGCAGCCCAGGGCUUUGGGGGAAAGUAUGGAGUCCAGCGGGAUCGAGCUGACAAGUCAGCAGUGGGCUUUGAAUACAAGGGUGAGGUGGAGAAACACUCGUCCCAGAAAGAUUACUCCAGGGGCUUUGGUGGCCGUUAUGGUGUGGAGAAGGACAAGGUGGACAAAGCAGCGGUGGGAUUUGACUACAAGGGCCAGGCAGAGAAGCACGACUCUCAGAAAGACUAUGCUGUGGGCUUUGGUGGGAAGUUUGGGGUCCAGAGGGAUCGUCAGGACAAGAGUGCCCUUGGCUGGGACCAUCAGGAGGAAGUGCAACCCCACGCAUCCCAAACAGACUAUGCCAAGGGGUUCGGGGGCCGUUACGGGAUCCAGAAGGACAGAGUAGAUAAGAGUGCUGCUGGCUUUAAUGAGAUGGCAGCUCCCACCUCCUCCUACGAGAAAACAAGACCACUGGAGGCAGGAGCUUCCAGUGGCGCCAGCAGCCUGCGGUCACGAUUUGAGAACAUGGCUAAGUCAGCAGAGGAGGAGAGCAGAAGGCAGGCAGAGGAGGACCGAGUGAGGCGGCAGGCUCGGGAGUACCAGGUAGCUCGGCGGAAGGAAAUCCCACAGAGGGAGAAGGACCACACAGAGGCAGCCCCUGCCACCGUGCCAGCAAGGGUGCCCGGGAGCGCUGACCGAGACCAGCCUGUGUCACCAGGAGAACAGGAGGCAAAAAAGGAGGAUGAGGAAACACCACCCACUUUGCCACCAAGGCCAGCAAAUCUAGGUGAGGAGCUGUGCAAGAUCCCCAGCCAGGAUCAGCCCAUCUACAGUGAAAGUUUAGAUAUUGGUGGAGACUAUGAAGAGCUGCCAGAGCCCUCUGACUACUGUGACAGUACCAGUGGAGGUGCUGACUAUGAGGAGCUGCCAGCACCCUUAGGAAAGCUGGAUCCCAUCUAUGACCAUGGAGGAGAUGGAGGUGAGGACUAUGAGGUGAUCCUUCCUGAGGAGCCCAGCCAGAGCCAGCCCCACCCAGGGGAAAGUGACAAUGUGUAUGAGGUGGAGAGCGCUGGGACCUGUGCAGUGGCUCUCUACGAUUACCAAGGAGAUGGAGAUGAUGAGAUUUCUUUUGAUCCUGACGACACAAUCACACAGAUCGAGAUGGUAGAUGAAGGCUGGUGGCGGGGGCAGUGCCGAGGCAAAAUAGGCCUCUUUCCAGCAAAUUAUGUGAAGCUUCUGCAGUGA